AUGAACUUCUCUGGAGGCAAGAAUAGCAUUUUCACUAGUACUACAUUUCAGGGCACAGAAGACAGAAAGCAGGAAGGAGAGUGGAGUCUGACCUCAGAAGACAAAGAGCUCAUUAUCAAGGGGCACCUACUUUGCUGCUAUGCAGGGAAGGUGUGCGAUGGGAGAAAGCGAGCAGAGAUCCUUCAUAGGGCUGAUGGGGCGGGCUUUGCAAUGAGGACAUUGCACCAGCGUCUUUGUGGCCUAGCAGAGGGAAUCCUUGUGAGGAUUCGUUUUGGGCAGCCCUAUGUUCUGCUGACUGCAGGCCUCUGGGGAGGAAACCAAGACCCAUCAGAAGUACGAAAUGGUGAGUGCUCUUUGGGCUCCUGCAAUCCUGCCUGGCAAGUUUGGGACAGUAGCUUCUUUGUGGCUCCAACACCCACAAGCAGCCUUGAGGCCGUGGUCUCCUGCUUUUCUGUCUUGGUGAAGUUGCUUCCCCCUCAAUCGCCAGCCAUCUUGGGUGCAUCCACGCUGGACCAUCUAAAAAGAUUUUUCAGCACUGGCGAUGCUGAGGCCAGGCUGAUGUCAAAAGUAAAUGGUUGCAAACUCUGUAUUCGAAACUUAAACCAGGAAAUGCAUGGGUUUGGUGUCAGUGUACUGGAGCCAGUAAAAUUUGAGGAUGUGGCAGUGAACUUCACCUCAGAAGAGUGGGCUGUGUUGGAUUCUAGUCAGAAGAAGCUCUACAGAGAUGUGAUGAAGGAAACAUUUUUGAACCUGAUCUCCAUAGAAAAAGCACUAGAAGAAAAUAUUGAAGAGGACUAUAAAAAUCUCAGCAGGAAUAUGGGAAUUCAGAGGAUUGAGAAAGACCAUGGAAGUGAAUGUCAUAAUGAGUGUGAUAAAAAUCAGCCAGCUAGUCCAGAGAGUAUGAUCAUUAAAGACACGCCUUGCAGAGUAAGAGUUCAUGAGACUCCAUUGCUUGUAACAAAUAUCAUUGGUGAUUUAUCCUUACAAGGGUAUCUCAGAGAAAAAGAUAGAGGGAAACCACCACUGUAUAAGGGAGCUGUGGCAAAAGCUUAUAAACAUCAGAAUCAUUGGAAAGUAAUCAGUUGUUCUAAAUCCCUUCAGGUACUUGAAACUUCUCCUGAAGAGAAACCCAGGAAAAAACAAUAUAAAGAAGCCUGUAGGAGUUUGUGUUUAGAUGAGUCUCAGGAAAGAACUUAUACUGGAAAUAAACUCAAUGAGGAUACCUUCAUGAGAUACACACAGGGACAGAAUGAUGAACAAAACCAUAAAGAAGUGGAACAAUUUGUAUGUAGUUUCUGUGAAGAAUCCUUCAUUGAUUCCAGUGAGCUUUCCAACCAGGAAAAAAGUCAUAUUGAAGAGGAAAGGUACAUUUGUAGGCAAUGUGGCCGAACAUUUAAAUAUAAAACAUGUUUUGAGAAACAAAAAGUAAGUCACAAAGGAGAGAAGCCAUAUGCUUCUAUACAUUAUGGAAAAGCCUUCACCCAAUUCAAUCAUCAUAACAGUCAUGAAGGCAGUUACAUUGAACAAAAGCAUUAUUCCUGCAAGCAUUGUGGAAAAAACCUCACCAGUUCUUCGUAUCGAAACAUUCAUGAAAGAAUUCACACGGGAGAGAAACCUUAUGCAUGUAAGCAUUGUGGAAAAGCCUUCAACAACCGCAAUAGUCAUAAUAUACAUGAGAGGAGCCACACUGGAGAGAAACCUUAUACAUGUAAGCACUGUGGAAAAAACUUCACCAGUUCUUCUUAUCGAAACCUUCAUGAAAAAAUUCACACUGGAGAGAAACCUUAUGCAUGUAAGCAUUGUGGAAAAGCAUACAGCACUUCCAGUGCUUGUCAUUUUCAUGAAAGAAUGCACACGGCAGAGAGAAUUCAUACAUGCAAGCAUUGCGGAAAAGCUUUUUUCUGUCUCAAGCAUCUGAAAAGGCAUGAAAUAAUUCACACUGGAAAAACGCCUUAUGCAUGUAAGCAUUGUGGAAAAGCCUUCAACCACUCCAGUAGUUGUAACAGACAUGAGAGGAACCACACUGCAGAGAAACCUUAUGCAUGUAAGCAUUGUGGAAAAAAGUUCGCUAGUUCUUUUUCUCGAAACAUUCAUGAAAAUAUUCACACUGGAGAGAAACCUUAUGCAUGUAAGCAUUGUGGAAAAGCCUUCAACAGUCCCAAUAGUCGUAAGAAACAUGAAAGUAGACACACUGUAGAGAAACCUUAUGUGUGUAAGCAUUGUGGAAAAUCAUUCAACAACCCCAGUAGUUGUAAUAGACGUGGAAGGAGUCACACUGCAGAAAACCGUUUUCAUGUAGACAUUGUAAAAACUCCUAUACCAGCUUCAGUUCUUGUAAGACUAAUGAAGAGUGUUCACAUUAAAGGGAAUUCAUAUACAUUUAAGCAGUGUGAAAAAGUGUUUACCUGCUCCAAUCACCUGAACAUUCAUGAAAAGAUUCACACGGAGGAAAAGUCUUGA